GGCCUGAGAUUUUUGGAUACCAAAAGCAGCAAUGAAAGCAAUAAGUCCCUCCUUCCUCUGCCUUAUAAUUCUUGUGACCCUUUUGGCUGGUAGCAUUGAAAGUGCACCAGCAAACGUGAAGCCAAGCCAUUAUGCUGCACCCUUCAAUAGGAGUGUUUUUCCUUCUGGUUUUCUAUUUGGAAUAGGCUCUGCAGCUUACCAGAUAGAAGGAGCAGCAGCUAUAGAUGGCAGAGGACCAAGUAUAUGGGACACCUAUACUAAACAGCAACCAGGGAAGAUUUGGGAUCAUAGUGAUGGAAGUCUAGCAAUUGAUUUUUAUCACCGGUACAAGAGCGACAUAAAGAUGGUGAAAGAAGUUGGGUUGGAUUCAUACAGAUUUUCCAUCUCAUGGUCCAGAAUAUUCCCCAAGGGCAAGGGAGCAGUUAACACCUUGGGGGUCAAGUUCUACAACGAUCUCAUUAAUGAGAUUAUAGCAAAUGGCUUAAAGCCAUUUGUCACGCUGUUUCAUUGGGACCUCCCACAAGCUCUUGAAGAUGAAUAUGGGGGAUUUCUCAAACCUGAAAUAGUGGAGGACUUCCGUAACUAUGCUGACUUUUGCUUCAAGACAUUUGGUGAUCGGGUGAAGCACUGGGUAACCCUAAAUGAACCAUAUGGCUACAGCGUGAAUGGCUACAGUGGUGGAAAUUUUGCACCAGGUAGAUGUUCUAACUACGUUGGAAAAUGCCCUGCUGGUGAUUCUUCCACCGAGCCCUACAUUGUUAACCACCACUUAAUACUUGCUCAUGGAGCAGCAGUCAAUUGCUACAAGAACAAAUACCAGGCUCAUCAGAAAGGACAAAUUGGAGUCACCAUAGUGACUUUCUUCUUUGAACCAAAAUCUAAUAGUGAUGCUGAUCGCAAGGCAGCAAGGCGAGCUCUGGACUUUAUGUUUGGCUGGUUUGCUAAUCCCAUUACAUAUGGUGACUAUCCUGAGAGUAUGAGAUCUUUAGUUGGUUCUAGACUCCCCACAUUCACCAAAGCUCAAUCUGAAAGUCUCAAAGGUUCAUAUGAUUUUCUUGGUAUAAAUUAUUACACCUCAAAUUUCGUGGAAUAUGCUCCACCAACCACCACUAACAAGACCUAUUUCACUGAUAUGCUAGCCAAACUUUCUUCGACCAGGAAUGGUGUACCCAUUGGCACACCGACUCCUCUGAGCUGGCUCUUUAUCUAUCCGGAGGGAAUUUAUAAGCUCAUGACAUACAUAAGGGACAACUACAAUAAUCCACCAGUGUACAUUACCGAAAAUGGCGUUGCGGAAUCAAAGAAUGACUCACUUGCAAUCAAUGAAGCCCAAAAGGAUGGUAUUCGAAUUAGAUACCAUGAUGGCCAUCUCAAAUCCCUGCUUCAUGCGAUCAAAGAUAGAGUUAAUGUGAAGGGCUACUAUAUAUGGUCAUUUUCAGAUAGCUUUGAAUGGGAUGCUGGUUACACAGCUCGAUUUGGCAUCAUAUAUGUGGAUUACAAGAACAAUUUGAGUAGAUACCCUAAGUCCUCUGCGUUUUGGCUGAAAAAAUUCCUUCUCAAGUGAUCUAAAUCUAUUGUUCCUUUGGCAUGCAUGCCCAGUUUUUCUUCUUGUUUGUUUCCUGGAUAUCACAGACAUGCAGUGUGUAUCACUUGCUCUUCGAUUCGGAUCAAUGUAAUCAAGUCAUCGUUGAUAUCAAAUAAAUAAUGGCAUGCCAGAGAAUGGAAUAAAUUAUCUUUUCAACAA